AUGAGGUGUAAGAAGCAUUACACCGAUCUCAGCAGUGCCGUCGGCGUAUGCGCUUGUUGUCUCCGGGAACGUCUGUUGUAUCUCAUCGCAGCUCAAGAACAAGCUCAUGCUCAAGCACAGAGUGGUCAAAACCUAGACGGAAAACAACGCAAUUUGGACGGGAAACCAGUGUUUCCUCGCUUUGAUUCUCCGUUAAACAACCGCCGGAAGUCCGAUCGUUCUGCCGGAGCUACUGUAUUGUCUCAUAACGAUCGACGAAAGGAUCAUCAUCCUUAUACUCCUGCUGCUCCUCGUCAUAACCAUAGCCUCUCGGAUCAACUGUUUUAUCGAACUCCCCAGGUAGGACCUACUACCGGAGGUCACAACAACACCGGCGUUCAUUCGAAUAAGAAGCGGAGUUUGAUUCGGUUGCUUACGUUUCCCUUCAGAUCUAAGAAUCGAAACUCGGUGGAUUCGGUUUCGGAUCCCAGGGCAUCAGAUUCGACUUUCAGGGAACCGAGCGGUGGUGGUAAUGCCACGUCGUCAACGUCAACGUCGUCGUCUUCGUGGUUCUCAAGCAUUGUACACGGUGGUGGUCGUAACCGGAGGAAGCAACCUGUUUAUGCUGAUGAAUCUCAAGUAACCGGCGGAAUCGGUGUGGUCCGGAGACAGUACUGCCGAGAUCGGGGAAUGUCACCGGUGAGAAACUCAGAUUGCGACGGAGGAAAUGAAGAUGAUUUAUUCGAUGUAACAAGCGGGUAUGAGUCAAGGCCGGAGUCAUGGAAAAACACACCAAGAAGAACACCGGCUCAUCCAGACGGCCGGCGCGGCGGCGGUGCCGGACACGUGAGGAAUUUAUCCGGUUUAACAUUCUGUUUGAGCCCCUUGGUUCGUGCAAGUCCUAACCGGCAAUGGAAUCAGAAGGGUAUGCCACCGCCACCACCGCUGGAAAGCGGUUUAUCAGGCGAAACCAGAGCUCCGGUGAAGCCUCAUCUUUCAAACAUAAAAUCAUUUUGCCCAAACAGAUCAAGAAAAUUCGCCGAUUUCGGGAGGCCCAAUGCUCACCAUUGA